AUGUUCCUUGAUUCAUCACAAAACUACAAUGGGGAUUUCUCAAAUUACAAGAACUUAUUUGACUUUUCAGAUCUACAUCAAUUGAUAAAAGACUCUGUGAAUAACUUCUUCAACCUUGACUCGAAUAUUGAUAGCUUAGAAGAUUACGAAUAUAAUUAUGACAAUGGGAAACAAGUACCGCCUCAGGCAUUCCUACACUUUUAAAGUGAUAAUUACGGAACAAAUUACAAAGGUAGUUUCUAUCUCACCUAGAAUGAUUAUGGCUACUUUAAUUAGUAGAAUAUUGAUAAUGGAUCUUUGAAGUAAUUGCUGUUAGCACUUUCUAGCUGGGAGAUAGUAUACAAGGUUAAAUAAAUAUUACCAGAGAAAGCGCCAGCAGAGGCUACCUGCUAUGAUUGGCAAAUCUAAUAAUUCUUUUAGUUUUCAUAAAGAAGCGCCAUUCAAGUAAAGUUGAAUUUUAUAAGGAAUGUUUGUUCAAAUCAGCAUUAAUUCAGAUGGGAUAGAAUGAUAUGGCUUCAUCUUUUGGUUUUUAUUCUAUCAUUCAUUCAUUUCUUCCUGACUAUAAAGUACAUAUUCGAAAUCAGGAAUAGAUAUAAGAAAUUGAAAUAGAAGCAUAAUAAGAAAGUUCAAUAGAGUAUACCAGUAGAUAAAAUGAAGAUGCAGCAAAUUGCAGGAAGUAAUAGGGAAUAUAAAAGAAGUGUUUCUAUGAAAGUUGAUUAGCCAAUGAAAUUUGGGUUGAAAUUAUCAAUAGACGCGAAUGACCCAUAACAUCAAAGAUUAUUCUCAGAUGAUUUUAAGAGAGUUGAUGAAAACCCUAUGACAAAUUUAAAUUAGCAUAUUGAUAACCUAACCAAUAAUGAAAAUCAAGUAUAGUAGGAUUGGGACAAACUUGGCUUUUGGCAAAGAGUUUAGAUUAUUAAUUAUUGGGUGAUUAUUCAUAUCCUAUCAGACUUUCUCAUAAUGAGUGGUACUAUUAUCUUUAUUUUCUUAGAGGACAAAUCAUUGAGAUCUGCUGAGUUUUUCAUAGGAUUUGGAUGCUUUUUCUGCUGGUGCUCUAUUCCAUCAUAUAUGCACUAAACUUCCAAAUACUCCUUGAUAAACAGAACAAUUACCUAUACUUUACCGAUUGUACUAAGAGCGAUGAUAGGAGGAGUUCCACUAUUUAUAGGAUUUGUAUUCCUCGGGCUAUCAUUAUUCUGGGAUUCAAUUAGAUUUUAAAAUCUACAAUUUUCUGCAUUUAGCUGUUUCUCAAUGAUGUAGGGUGAUUCUCUUCUCGAUGAAUUCAAUGGUAUAACUGGAUUUAGAUACCUUUCAGCGAACAUCUAUAUGUACAUAUUUGUAUUCUUUGGUAUAGUAGUUGUCUAGAAUGUGUUCCUGAUCAUUAUUGAGCAUGGAUUCUUGGGCGUAAAAUACUCAAAGAGUUAUGACUGGCUUCAUUAGAAAUAUCGUAAUGAGGUCUAAAAUCAAUUCCAAGGAAUGAAUAACUCAUAAGAUAAUGUUUAUGCUCAGAGCUAAGUUGAUUAGAGAUCUGAUUUUAACGAAGGCAAAAGCUACUUGGAUGAUGGUACUAGUGAAUUUGGAGGUACAAAUCAAAUGCAAAGAUUUCAAACCAUUACUAAUAAUCAAAGAUUCUUACCAUAAAGCUCUAUUAUCAGAAGUAACUCAUUUUUUGAAGAUCAAAGCUUCUUUAAUUCUGGAUAGUAAGAAAUUCAGCAGCAAUAGUUGCAAUAGCAAACUCUUAACAAGAAAGAAUUAAAAAGAGAAAAAACACAAAGAAUAAUUCAAGAUUUAAUUUAUGAAGAAUCUAAUAGUAACUCAACUGAUUGA